AUGGCGCGCUGGAGAGUCCCGCGCAGGGCUCUCAGGCUACUGCGGUACAUCGUCAUCGCAGCCGCACUCUGCGCCGCCUGCUGCUUCUCGCGCAUCUGCCAACCUCGCUGGGAACACCUCGACGCGCCUUCUACCCUCGUCCGACAAGCCCGCCAGCCAGUCGACUUUGCAUGGGGGUCGAUCUUGCACCGGUUCCAGAACUACCCGCGGCGGGCAAGGCGACGGGGACUGCAUCCCUGGCAGGCGGAGGGCAGGUCGAAGGAAGCGGGCGUCUCUUUGGCUUCGCAGGUGGAUCCGGCGCGCCGAAACAAGCCUAUACGGGUUCUCAUCGUCACGUCCGAGUUUGCUGGCCUGCACAAGAACGGAGGAAUCGGGACGGCGUUUUCAGAGUUGGCGCAUACCCUUGCGGCGGCGGGAGGAGGGCAGGAGUUCGAAGCGAGCGUUUUACUGGCGCAUCUGGAGGACGUCUUUCCGGUGCAGAAGCGGGAGGAGGUGCGGGAAGAGCUCGCCUCGAAGGGUAUUUCGCUACACUUCGUCGAGAAGGAACCUCGACCAUUCUUCCCACAAGCGUGGACGCCGGUCGCUGCGAUGCGAGUGUGGCGCUACCUGCGCUCUCGAGACGGCUCGUUCGACAUCGUCCACUUUCCCGACAACACCGGCAUCGGCUACUUCGCGUCGCUCGGCAAACUCGAAGGGCUUGCUCUCCGGGAGACGAAGCUCGUCGUCGGCUUGCAUGGCGCAGAUGUCGAAUGGGCCGCCAUGCUCAACAAGCGGUACCCGAUCGACAAAUACGCUGUCGACCUCGGCGUAUUUGAGCGACGGACGGCAGAAUGGGCGGAUGCGGUGGUUGCGCCGAGCGAGUACAUUCUCGAGUAUGCGCGGCAGCGAGGAUGGAAGAUUCCGGACGAGAAGGCGCUCGUCAUUCCCAACAUCGUCUCCAUUCCCGCCAUCGCUCCGACACCGACUACCAACGGCCGACAGAUGCGUCUAGGCACCCCUUCUGCGCACGUCGAGCCGAUUCGGGAGCUCGUCUUCUUUGGCCGUCUCGAGGAACGCAAGGGUGUUCGCCUGCUCGUCUCGGUCCUCGAGUCGCUCUACACGACAGAGCCUCUUCCGCCUGCGCUAGCCACGAUCGAGAAGAUCACGUUCCUUGGCCGCGACCAAACGCACCUCGCAACUCGCACCUCGAUCAGCACGCUCAUCAAGGGUGCCCUCGACGCAAUCCUGCAGUACACGAACGCCACCUUCGAACACGACUUUCUGACGACCUACGACCGCGACGAAGCACUCGCCUACCUCGCCGACCCUUCGCGCCUCGCCCUUCUCCCCGCCCUCGCUGACAACUCGCCCAGUACGGUCCUUGAAUGCAUCGCCCACGACAUACGCUUUCUCGCCAGCAGCAUCGGCGGUAUUCCCGAGCUGGUCCAUGCGGGAGACCGCGAACGAGCGACCUUCGCCCCGCUCGUGAAGCCGUUCACGGCGAAGCUCCUCGCCACGCUGGAGGAGUUGCAGACGAAGCCGCGGACGCCGGUGCGGGCUGCGGAGGAGACGCAGACGGCAGCCCACGACUGGGUAGCCUUCCAUCACUGGCUUGCCGAGCAGCCGUUCGCCUCGCCUUCCGUCCGACCUUCCACUCGUCUCGACCAAAACCCGCUCAUCAGCAUCUGCAUCACGCACUACGAGCGUCCGCACCUCGUCCCACAACUCCUCGACUCGCUUCUUCGCCAGUCGUACACCAACUUCGAAGUUAUCCUUGUCGACGACGGCUCGACCAGUCCGGACGCGCUAAGCGGCCUCGACAACAUCACCGAUCGCUACUUCAGCGAUUUCUCCCUCCUCCCAUCCGAUCGGCCUCAAUGGCACUUUGUGCGCGUCAAGAACUCGUACCUCGGCGCCGCCCGCAAUCGCGCCGCUCAAUACGCUCGCGGCACGUUCCUCCUCUUCCUCGACGACGACGACGUCCUUAAGCCUCACGCCCUUUCGACUCUCGUCUCGGUCGCGAAUCGAACAGGCGCCGCGGCGCUCUCGACUUGGCUCGACGAGUUUGCGACGGAUGUCAACCCGCUUGAGCCGAGGGAGGACGGGCGCGAGUUGCCGCAUCGCAGGACGUACUGGUUCCUCGGCCAGGAGCUCGGUGCAGGCUUGAUGAGCAACGCUUACGGGAGCGGCAACAUCUUCGUUCACCGUCGAGCAUGGGACAGGCUCUCGUCGGCGCAUGGGAGCGGGAACGAGACGGACCCGGGAGCGACGGGAGCGUUCUCGACGUAUCGCGAAGUUGGCGGCGAGGACUGGGAGUUCUGGACUCGCCUUGCGCUCGAAGAGGCGAAGGAGGUCGCAGAAGGAAGGGAAGGCGAGAUGAAGCACUACGUUGUGCCCGAAGAGCUCAUCUUCGUGCGGAGUGACCCGGCGCGAGCGAGCAUGAAAUUCUCGAUGGACCCGUGGGACGCCCACUUCCACGCGACCGCGCCCAUACUCAACGACCCGCGCAUUCAGGACCUCAACCUCGCCCAUUCGAUCAUGUUCCUGAAAGGCGUCGUUACACGCGACUACGUCGAACCGGCCUUCACCGACUCGCGCGAGAACUUCCAGGUCGCUCAAGGCUGGGGAGGCUGGUUCUACUCUUUCGAAACCUUGCCGCCGCUCGGCUCGGAGGAGUCGCUCGACUGGGUACCGUCACUUGCGGACAGCACGCUAGCCGUCGUCGAAGGCGGAAUCUGGUUGAUGGACGGCUCGUUCGCCUCGAAGCCCUACAUCGACGACGUCUUCCAGGAGGGAUGGGUCAACACGCGUGGCGAACGGAUCGCGGCCAUCCGUACCUUCAGAGCACCGAAGCCGCUCGAGGUUGCGAUUGAUGCCAACUACCGCUCGCACCACACAUGCGGCGACGGGACUCGCCUUUCGCUCAUCUUCGUCGCCGGACCAGGCGAAGCGCCGGAAGUCCUCGUCGAGUGGUCCACGAUGGACGAGGGGUUCGGCGAGCAUAUCAGCGCAAUUGCGAUGCGGCGAGGAUCGACGCUGAGCGUCAUCUCCGACCCCCUUCAGUCGAGCGACUGUGACCGGGUCGAAGUGCACGUCAAACUUACGCCUGUCUCGCUCGAGAAUCAAAGCUGGUCCGCUCUCGCACGCCGCAUGUCCAGCAACGACGACGCGAAGGAGGGGCCGUCCCGAACGGAGGAGGCGCAACCUGCAAACUCGACGGGCUGGUCGGUCGCGGAGGAUAAAGGGCCUAGUGACGACGAGAUCUUCAAUAUCGCGCUCAUCUUUGACCGCAACCGCUUCCCGCACGCCAAGUCGGUCAUCCGCUCAAUCCGCCACUUCACCACUUCGCGACGCCUGGUCUUCCACCUCAUCGCGCCUUACCAGCUCCACGAAGAGCUGCACGACUUCUUCGCCGACACCGACAUGUCGCUGCGAGUGUACGACCAUUCGUUGUGUUCGUUCGUCGCUCGCCAGGUUCUGCCCUUCUCGAACCCGGACAUCCACAUCUCGGCGCACUGCAAGAUGUUCCUGUCCGAGAUCGUCACCUUCGCCGACCGUAUCCUGUAUCUCGACACGGACGUAACCGUCACGUCGGAUCUCGCCGCCUGCUACGACAAGCCACUGGCCAACCCGGGCGCGCUCGUCUCGAUGGCCGUCGACAUGGGCGACGCCUGCCAGCGCGAACCCGACGUUUGCUGGCCGAUUGGCCUUCACUGGCGUCUACCGGAAGGCCUCGUCUGCGGCAACGUCCCUGCUCGAGCAGCUCUAGACCGGUUCCCGCCGACGGUCUGUGCCGAGGCGGGCGAGCUCGAGACUCUCCAGGUCAACGGCGGAGUCGCCCUCUUUGAACUCGCCAAGAUGAAGGAGUCCGGCUUCCUCCAGCGGUACAUCCUAUCCGUCGUCCACCACUACCGCAUCAUGAAGAGCACGCCGUCGGUCUGGGGCGAGCAAGACUUCAUCAACUCGUACUUCCGCCUUUUCCCGGAAGAUCUCGAGGUCCUGCCAUGCGGGUGCAACUACCAGUGGUUCGGCGCGAGGCGGGAAGUCAAGUGCGGCCUUCAGCCUGUCACGAUUGCGCAUCACUGGUCGCACGGCAUCGCCGCUCGUACCGACAACCCGUACAACGUCCUCUUCCACCAUUUCCUCGACAACGUCGAAGGCGCGCUCCUUCCGCCUGUCCCCGAGCUAUCACCCUCUCUACCCGGCGCACCGAACUCGUCGGCCAUCGCUAUCGAGCAUACGCUCAACUGCCCUCGGCAAGGCCACGACUGCACGAAACCGUACGCACCGUCCGAGCAUGGUCGUCCCGUUCUCGUUCUCUCCCGCGUGCUUUCCGAAACCUUUGCAGCCGACUUGGUCGACACGCUCGAGGCGCAGACCUACCCGAAGAUUUCGCACGCCGUCGCUCUUCGACAAGAAGCAGUCGAGCUGCCGCCCCUCUCCUUCAAGAGGGAGCUCUUCGAGAUCUCUGCUGAUCCCGCGGCGGCGUACGACACUCACUGCGAGGCCUGCGGCGACCUAGCCGAGCCUGACCAGUCUUGCUCGGCUGCUCCUUCAGACCGUAUCCGCCGCAAGGCCUACUUCGACUGCCUGUGCGCGCUGUCUGACCCGCUCGCUGACUCGAUGCACGACCUCGAGGCUUUCGCCAAGCAGCAGGACCCGUCUUGGCUGCUCUACCUCGACGACACGCAGACGUUCGCCUCCGCCAACUCGCUCUCCCAGCUCAUGGCCGAAGUCGACAGCACCGACGAGCUUAUCCUCUUCCGCAUCAACACGACGUCGGCAGAGCAGGAGCGCACCUACCAUUCAAAGGCCUUACGUCGCUCGCCUCUCUCCGGCGUCGGCAUGCUCUUCCACUCUUCCCACCUCGACCGCACCGACUGGAACGGCGCAACUCGCUGCGGCAAAUGGGCGACGUUCAAUCGACUAUCCAAGCGCCUGCGACUCAAGUGGAUCGACCUCGUCCCCGUCAUUGAGCACCCUCUCCAGCGGCAUCUCCCCAUGACGCCAGCCGUCGACUUCAAGGUCUCGAUCGUCAUCCUCGAGACGCAAGGCAAGGUGUCCUGGACGCCUCUCCUCCUCGAGACGCUGCAGCUCGUCGAGCUAGCCCCGCUCAUUUCAGAGAUCCUGGUCGCCUCUGUCGAUACGGAGGACGGCGCUUACGGACCGGAAGUCCAGGUCGUCAAUCCGAGCAUCGGUUCUGGCCUGGGCGAGCUCGGCGCGCAGGUCGCGUCCGAGCACGUUCUCCUUCUCAGCGACAGUGUCGCCAUAGACAAGACCGCCUUGACGGCGCUCAUCAACUUCCACCUUGACUCUCCUGCACGCCUCGUCGGCUUCUUCACCGAAACCUCCGGCGACGACGACUUCUCCCCUCCUCUGCCCAAUACGCCCGAAAUCUUCGACAUCUUCGACGAGCCAGACGCACUCGUCGGCCAGUCCUCCUGGACCCACCUUCUCCCUCGGACGCUCCUCACCUCUCGGUCUAACCUCGAGGAGCUCUCGACUCUCCUCGACUCGCAACCGGACGACUACCACCUUCAUCCGGUCUGCCACCCCGUCCUUCUUAGCGCCCUUAGCGUCCGCGCAACAAGCGGUCGAGCGCCGCUACGCGUCCUCCCGCCUGGGAAAAGCGUCGUCGACCGCGUGCACGACUGUCGAGUCCGGAGUUGGGCCGAGGUCGACUACGGCAGGACGGCGGGCGACUGGGUGCUGCCGAAGCGGGCGGGCGAGGAAGGUGAAGAGGCUGUCUUGGCCCCUGCUCCAGCGAACAACGUGCCGACGGUCGAACCGGACGAGGUGCGGGAGUCGGAGCUGCGCGACGUACCAGAGUCGUCGACCGACGAUCUCGGCAUCAGCGAGGACGACUUUCCCGUUCCUCCGACGCUCGCCGAGUGCAUCGACGCUGUCAAUUCGCUUCUCGGCUCCACCGAAUGGACGAAGACCGGCAGCGAAGUCGGCCACUCGGGUGCGCAAGGGCUCAAGGUUGGGGUCGUCCCGGCUGCGGAGGUGUCGAAAGAGAUGUGGGAGGGCGCGAGGCGGGAGGAUCGUUGCUACAAGACUUAG